AACGCGGGAUUAGACUUUCCAGCAUACCGUAAUUGUUUUUAAUUGAUAGAAUGAUAGGUGUAGAACGAUUGCGAUUAAAUUUGUGCAAAAUUUUAUGAAAUUUUGUUUGAAAAUACCUACUAUGCCAGUGUUUCGACAUUAAGAAUGUCUAAAGUAAGUGCUUCUUCUGCGGAUACAAGUGGAUCGGAAGAAAACGGAAGUCGCGGCACGGAGACUCGCAGUCCAGAAUUGACGAGCGGCGGAGCUAUGAAGCAAGCGAAUACUGCCGAAUUUCGAGGAUUUUCGUAUCGUUCGCGUGGUCAUCCGCAACGUAAACGCGCCAAGAAGGAUCCUAAUGCUCCAGUCAAGCCUCUCUCGGCCUAUUUGUUGUUCCUACUGGAUAAGCAAGAAGAAAUACGCCGGAAUUCAAGAGAUGUGCUGUCGGUAGCGGAAACCACUAAACGUGUUGGUCAGGCGUGGCGGACAUUGUCGAGCGAGGACAGAAAGAUAUACGAGGAACAAGCUGACAAGGCGAAGCUGCAACAUGCCGCAGAAAUGGAGGAGUACAAAAAGACGGAUGAUUACCGAAAUUUUUUAGCUCUCGCCGCCGACAGUAACUCUGAAACGGAUGUUGCUCCACGAAAAUCGGACAAGCGCAGCCGAGUGCAGCGUGAUCGCGAUACUCCGUCGACUGUGAAUUCCUCCACCAGCAACCGUCGAGGGAAGAAACAUGCCAGCGGUGAUUCCGAAUCGGUCAUAAUCAGCCGUAAACGCAAGACCGAAGAGGUGGACACCGGCGUGGAAGAUCUCUUGGGCAUGCCGCCGGCUAAAGUGCAUUCCGUUGCCGCGGGCUCUCUUCAGGAAUUUCACAUUCCAGUUUGGACAGAUGAGUUCAUGCAGUGGAAUACUAAACGCGAACGUGAACUGAAACAUGUCAAGAAAGCCGCAGACGAACUGGACAUUGACAUUUCUGGGCUGAUCUCACAGAGCGAACAGACACAGCGUAAUGCAGAUAGUGUUAAUGCUUUGAAAUCGAAAGUCGAAGAUACGAAGAAAGCCAAGCGAGAAGCACUGAAGAUCAUUUUGGAGGGAAUGAGCGGGAUCGCUUUACCCAGUGGCCUGGAAAUGGACAACACUAAUGCCGAGGAAUACAUGACGGAGCUGGAGACUGUGGUUCGUAAAUCACCCGCUCGCCACUCUUCGCUGCUGAUGAAGGUGAUGGAAUUGGCGAAGAAGCUGCAGCCGCUGGCCGUGUAUGUCUAAACUCUAAUGCGAUUUAUGUCGCUGUGAAUAGAUUUCUCAACUGUUGAUAAGCCAAAUUUGCGUAAAGUGAUUUGAAUAUUGGAUUGAGGUAUAAGUGCAGAUCUGUAGAAUGUAAAUUUUUGCUAGUUUCAUGUUGCCUUGACAGGUUUCAUACUCGUCGCGAUAUUUACAGAUGGUGGAAUUACUUCGGUUAAAUCCAUUUCUUGACUCAUGUUGCUUACAUAUCUUUAUUUUGUUUGCUUCGUUUACUUUACAUGUUCAUUUUGUAUUCUUACAUUUUCUGUAUACCUGAACUUACUACGGAAAAUCAGAAGGAAAAUUCGUG